AUGGUUUAUUAGGCUGAUUUCACAAAUUAAAGGAAUAUUUGGAAUUAGCGGUUAUCAAGAUUGAAUAAAUCUGAUUAAUAAAAAAGCAGGAUAAUUUAGAAAGAUUUCAAGGGGAAUUGCUUUAUGGGUAUGCUUUGGUGGAUGGCUGUAAGGAAAGAGUCGGCAAUUACGCGCUGGAGGAUGUGCAGAACAUCUAAAGGUUGGAUUGUUGAAACCAUGGAUAUUUCCAGAAGAAUUAACAAUGAAUCUAAGUACAUAGGCUCCAGUGAAAUAAUUUAAAUUACUUGGUCAUUCUUGGGCAAGAUACUGUUUUCUUAUGAGGAUUUCAGUAUCAAAUAGGACAAUCACAAAUAUAUUAAAUUAGCUCCCAAUUCAAGAUUUAAGUAGAUGGAUGAUAAGAGGAAGUAUAAUAAGAACCUACUAUAAAUUUUAUCAUUUCACUCUAUGAUUGAAGUAAAACCUGUGUAUUCUUAUGCUGAUUAUGAAAUUUUAUUAACCAAGAGAUGGUGA